GACUGACAAAUCGAUGAGUCGGCAACACGGAAGUGACGUUUAAUGCCAUGCCAUUGGUUGUUUCUUUGGCGACACAUUUAAAAUCCAUUUGUCUACGGAUAUUGUUGAAUCCCUACUGAUGGAUGGUUACAGUUUAUCUAUGCCUGGCCCUCACUCACCGGACUACCAUGCCUCCCCAAUGUCAGAACUCGCCAACUGCUUUACGGGACUCAGCGCCUUUCACACAGGUGACACUCCUCGGAGAUGUCUGGACCUGUCCAACCUCAGCACUGGGAGUGUAGACGAUGCCGCUGCACAGGGAUCACCACACAAAGACAAGCCUACUUCUCCAGUGGCCUUGGACUCUCCUGCACCAAGUCGCAUGAAGACGUUGCAGUCCUUCCUGCCCAGGUUGCUGUGUAGCAGUCCAAAGCUUCACCCCAGUGAACGUCCAUUCAGUAACAAGGAGAAUGUGGCCCCAGGGCAGAGAGCGCAGGGCAAGCCAGAGUGUUUGCUGCCUGCUCCAGACUCCCAGCUCCAAGGUGAUGGUGAGCCCUGUGCCCUGGGGAGCCCUAUCUUCCCUGCACCUCCCUCCCGAACCCAGCACUCCCCAGGGGAUGUAGAUGGAUUCAUGGAAAUCCUGGAGCAGGAAGCUGAUGAGGGUUCUAUUGCUGUCGCCAUGUCAUGUAGCAUGGCACAGUUGCUGUCUGAACCCCUCAUGAACCAGGAAGUGGAUCUCUCCUCUGUUUCAGUGUGUCGCCAGGGGGGACGCCGUCUCUUCCGAUCUCCUUCCAUGCCAGAGCGGUUGGCACGUCCACUGAAACGCACCUCCCCCUCCCCAGCCAAUCCCCGGCCACUCAAACGACACUGCACCUUCUCCGCCGUCUCAGAGGAGGUGGGAGAGGGAGACCAAGGGGCUGGAAUCAACAAUGAUAGGAGGGUAACGCAGCACCUGCAUAAGAGGACCCACUCUUUGUGUGACGUGGAGCAGCAGCUGGGUGGGGAUUGGAUCAAUGCAGAACUCAUUGGAGACUUCAGCAAGGUGCAUGCCCUACCCACUGUGACAGGGAGACAUCAAGGCUUGAAGUACAUCACGGUUGACACAAUGAGUGCUCUUCUGGAAGGGAAGUUCAGCUGUUUGGUUGAGUCUUUUGUUGUGGUGGACUGCCGCUACCCAUAUGAGUAUCAGGGAGGACACAUUAAGGGUGCGCUGAGCCUUCCCAACACAGACAAGGCAGUGGAUCAACUGCUAUCCCAGAGGCUAAAAGCCCACUCUCCUUAUAAGAGGCUUGUGCUAGUGCUGCACUGUGAAUUCUCCUCUGAAAGAGCACCCAGAACGUGUCACCUCCUGCGCAGUGUGGACCGCAGUAUGAACGAGUACCCAGCCCUGCACUACCCUGAGCUCUAUGUCCUCAAGGGUGGCUACAGAGACUUCUACCACUCUCACCAGGAGCACUGUGAGCCCCAGUCCUACUGCCCCAUGCACCACGAGGACCACCGAGAGGAGCUUCUGCGGUGCCGCACACACGGCAGAGCCUUGGCCGAGGAGCGCCGCAGACGCCACCACAUCCAAACUUUUGUCAAACUCUGAGCCAGUCGUGUCGGGGAUGGAGUCCGGGAGAAGAACAGACACUCAGAGGGACAGCUGAGUCCAAACAGUGACCUCGAGAUCGUCCGUUUAAUUAUCCUACAGGAACCUACUUGACUAUGUGAUAACAAAUUGCCCUUUUGUUGUGCUUGCCAGCUUUCCAAAUGGAACCCUUUUUCACAUGCUGUCAUGUAAACUAUGCACUAUGUCGAUGUUCACUGAUGCCUUUGUCCAUUUUGUAGUAUAUUUUAAUUACAGUAGAGACCGCAGGUCGCCUUUUCAAAUUGCUUUAAUGUCAUUUCCACAUUGCAGAGCAGAAAAUGGUGGCAUUAUUUCCAGUGUCAAUCAUGGAUGUAUGUUUUUAUUAUUAAUGGGAAUCAUGACUUAAUUUGAGCUCUUCUGAAUACCAUUUUUUUAACCAGAGUGAAUGACCUUGGAGUUUAGGUUGAAUAGUUUUUAAUGUUUUGAUUAUAUCAGGGACCUGCACAUGAAUUAAUGUAUUAACUAUGACGUUUAUAAUUAAAAAACACACCAAAAAACAUAA